CUGUGAAAUUAAUCAAAAUCCGAGCAUGACUACCAAUAUCUUAUUCAAAUGGUCUGUACGUGAUCUAUAAAAGUUCUUCACUUAAUGUUAAAGAGUUUGGAUAUCGUAAAAGAUACGCAAUUGUACGCAAUAUGCAAUACAAUAAUCAUGUUGUAGAAAAUCUAUUCUUAUUAUAAAAGUAACAGUAAUGACUUAUGUAGGCGUAAUUAGACGGUGAAGUGUUUAAUGCGCGCGCAGUUGUUUCAUCAUCUCUAGGACGCUUGUCUUGUGUGUCUUGUUGAGGAAAUUUAUUAUUUUUGGAAUAAAUAUUGUUAUUUUUUAUUUAAACAACAUGGACCUCUUAGGAUCAAUCCUCAAUUCGAUGGAUAAGCCACCUUCAGUGAGCGACAAACAAAAAGAAUUAAUGAAAAAACAACGUGAAGAACAACAAAAGCGGCAAAAAAUUGAAGCAGAGAGGCUCAAAAGAUUUCGAGAAAAGGUCGAAGAGAAAAUGAAUAAGUUCAUCCAGGAUGAUUCUAUGAAGCAGUACAAAUUUCCAUCUAUGGAUCAAGUGCAUAGAAGUAUCAUACACGAUGUGGCUGAAGUAGCAAAUGUUUGGGCUUACUCGUUUGGUGAGGAAGGGAUUGACAGAUACAUAAUGAUCUUCAAGAGAGAAUAUGGCCCUUCUGAGGAUCAGCUUAAUGCUUUGCGCAGAGGAGAGGAAUGGAACGAAGAGAUAGCUAAGAGACUAACAGAAGAGCGAGAGAGACAAGCCAAGGAAGAGGAAGAGGCCGCUAAAUCUAGAAAGCGGAAACAAGACUUUGUGCCGAAUUCGAAUUACAAGGAUAAAUACAAGCAUCUCAUCGGAGAAGAGGCUGCAUUAGAAGCAGCAAGAAAAACUGAGGCCAAUAGCAGUUAUGGCUGUGUACCCAGUGAAAAUAAGAAAGAUCAACGGAGUAUAGAACAAACUUUGGCAGACAUUCGCGCUAAGAAGAAGAAGUUGGAAGCAGCUAAUGCAGCUGCUGAGUCUAAGGACAACGAGCAGAAAUGACCCUCCUAUUUUUUAAGAUGCUUCAUGAAUUAGAAAAUUUCAAACCUAUGUCAUACUGUAAAUAUUUAAUUAAACAGUACCCCAUAAGAAUUUUGACAUGUAUCACAAUAUCAACAUGGAUACUGUAAUAAUUGAAUAAGUACAAUAAUAAUUUUUGUUAUUUAUAUCACGAUUAGUAUAAGUAACAAUAGAUUUGUUGAUCAAUAAUUGAAUGAGAAGUAAUAAAUAAACAUUGUUAUGAUCAAUU